AUGAAACUUAUUUGGGUUCUAGCACUUUUUGCUUUGGCAGCUGCCACAACUGCAUUCCCUGAGAAUGAUGACACUCACAUUCAUGGUGAGAAUGGUUGGUGGGUACCUCAAAAAGAUGGUUCCUACGUAUGGAUGGGCGAAGAUGAAGCUGAAGAUAUGCUAACUCGUAUGGAAGCUGAAGAAGAAUUCAAAGAACGCUUAUCAAUCUCCACCUCACCAGUUACUUUCUAUUUAUACACUGCAAAGAAUCCCAAGAAGGGCACCAAAAUCACCACUACCACAAAAUCCGUGAACAAAUCUAAUUUCAAUGCUGCAAACCCAACCAGAUUCGUUAUUCACGGCUGGACUCAAAGCUACUUGUCAUCCAUCAACAGCGAUAUCCGUCAAGCUUGGUUGAGCCGUGGUCAGAAGUUACAAUAUACAAAAAUAAAGCCAUUCUACAAAAAGAAGGAAAAUAACAAAAAGGAAGCAGAACACCCACAUUUUAGUUACUUUUAA